AUGGCUAACGGCGAUGAUGGGUUUUCCCUGAGGGAAGUGCUGGUCACAUUCCAGUCCUGCCUCACUGACCAGCAAGAAGUCCUAAUGGAUCCUUACAUAGCAGGCUGGAAAGGACUUGUCAGGUUCCUCAACACCUUGGGCGCCAUCUUCUCGUUCAUUUCCAAAGACGCAGUAGCCAAAAUCCAGGUCAUGGAGAACUACCGCAACGGCGAUCAAAAGGCCCAGUAUAUGACGCUUCAGUCCAUGGUGAAGCACGAACUGGCCAGCAACCUGCUGGAUCUGAAAAAGCAAGGGAGCCAGCCCCCCGCGGGCUGCCGGACGAUCCUGCGUCUUCACCGUGCCCUCCGCUGGCUGCAGCUCUUCCUGGAGGGCCUGCAGACCAGCACCGAGGACUCCAGCACGGCGGCCCUGUGCGCCGAAGCCUACAAUGCCUCCUUGGCCAACCACCACCCAUGGAUCAUCCGCAAAACGGCCCUCUUGUCUUUCUACGUCCUCCCCGCCCGGAACGCCUUCCUGGAGCUCAUGAACGUGGGCACCCCUGCGGAGGCGGUGGCAAUGCUGGAGGAGGCGCUUCCCAGCAUCUCCAAGGUCUACGACGUCACGCAAGCUCUGUACGCCCAGCACAACCUUCUCGACAUCCCAUGA